AUUAAUUCAUUUUAUUUGUUGGGAAGGUCAAAUUGUUUCAUUGAAUAACGCAGACCUUUUAGAGACUACUUUACAAGGUCAAAUUAUUAAAUUGGAUUAAAAGAAGAUGUAAUUACAAGUUACAACGAAGAGAAAAUUGAAGCGGAGAAAAAUCUAUCUAGAAUUUAACUCUAGAAAAGCUAGAUAUUCUCCGGUCUCAUCUGAAACAUAAAACAACCUGUGGAUUUCUUAGCAAUGACGUAACGUUCCCCACGCAGCCUUCCACCAGGUCUCCUCCACAGUUCGAGAUACACACACACGUUAACAGCGUUGAACGGCGCGCGUUAAAACGUAUUUUUUGCGGUGUUUACCCCAUUCAAAAGUAGUUUUUAAAAUUGUACCCGAAAUGUUCAACGAAACGUAAUAACAACUUCAUCGCUAAACCUUACUUUAUUGCAAGAAAGAACGUUUUUUUUAAUCUUAUUAAAAUAUAAAAGAAAUGGCAAGGAUUAAGGAGGAUGAAACGAGGUCGUUGUGGCCAAAACACCCCUCCAGUCAAGAUAUAAGAAUGGAUGAAUUAUCAGAUACAAUGGGAAAAGGUAUGACGACCCGCGUUAAUAAAAAUCAUUACGUAGCUAGGAGACCCGCGGCGGAGUCGCCGAUACCCGUUCACGUGCCAAGAAGUGUUUAUUCGGAUGGCGAGGAAAGUCAAAGAGCGCCUUCAGAAAGAACUCUAUCAGAAUAUACGCCAUAUAAUGUUGUAAAUGAACGAGAAGCCAGAAGAUAUCACCACGCCAGAAAUCCACCAAGAGCUUCUUCUGCCUUAAGCAGAGGCAGUGGUUACGAUGAUAAUGGAUCCGAUAUUUAUGUUACAAGUGGAGCCUAUAAAGCACCAUCAGAAUUUAGUCGCGGUUCACGAUCAAGAGGAGCUCCUAGUCACUAUUCAUACAGAAGUGGAGUAGCCCCAUCGGUUGCAAGUACACAAAAAACAAGAAAUUCACGCAAAGGUGGCGUCACAGUUGAAACGAUGGCCGCACCAAACCCCUUUUGUCCAAACAUAAAAGGAAUGUGCUGUUUGAUGCUUUUAUUAAACUUGGGUAUCGUUUUGGUAACUUUGGGAUUCGUGAUAGUUAUCCAAUUUUUCGAACCGAUUUACGUUUGGGUGCUAGGAAUAAUAUUUUUAAUAGUUGGGUUUCUAACGUUAAUCGCAAGUAUAAUAUAUUGCGUCGUUAUAUGUCGAGAUUUUAAAUCGCCGAAAGACGUCAAUCCGGAAGAUUUUUAUUGGACACAUCAUUGGCAAAAAACUUUUGGAACUCCCGAAAUUAAUUACAAAACCGAGGAAAAGUAUCCGGAUGAUCGGUAUAGCGAUCGAUAUUCAGUGAGUAAACUUUCAUCGAAAUACUCGGAUCGGAAUCAGAGAUAUUAAGAAGAUUUUACGAAAACAAUUUUGAUUUUUAACAUUUCUUUUUUGUUACU